AUGUCGGAAGUCACACACAUUACCGACCGGCUCGAAAAGCCUGAGCUCGAUGAUCGCUCGUACCGUGUCAUCAAGCUGGGAAAUCAAUUAGAGGCGCUGCUGGUGCAUGACCCGGAUACGGAUAAGGCGAGUGCGUCAGCGAAUGUGAAUGUUGGGAAUUUCUCGGAUGAGGAGGCUAUGCCGGGCAUGGCGCAUGCUGUGGAGCAUUUAUUGUUCAUGGGCACUGAAAAGUAUCCCAUAGAGAAUGCGUAUAACCAAUACCUCGCCGCCCACUCGGGCUCCUCGAACGCAUACACCGGCGCCAUAGAGACGAAUUACUUCUUCGAAGUCGCCGCCACCGGCGAGAGUGAAGCUUCAGAGAGUACCAACGGUACUACUAACGGCACUACGAACGGAGAGAAAAGCGGCCCUUCGUCGUCGACAACGUCAUUGUCAAAGGAUAGCGCAACCACGUCUCCGUUAUACGGUGCUUUGGACAGAUUUGCGCAAUUUUUCAUUGCGCCGCUAUUCCUAGAGUCUACGCUAGAUCGGGAGUUGAGGGCAGUAGAUUCAGAAAACAAGAAAAAUUUACAGAGCGAUGUGUGGCGGUUGAUGCAGCUGAACAAGUCCCUGUCGAAUCCGGAGCAUCCAUAUCACAAGUUUUCCACGGGAAACCUGCAAACUCUACGCGAUGAGCCGCAGAGUCGAGGCGUGGAAGUGCGCAGCAAAUUCAUCGAGUUUCACAAGAAGCACUACUCGGCAAAUCGUAUGAAGCUUGUUGUUCUGGGUCGGGAAUCGCUUGAUCAACUCGAGAGUUGGGUGGUGGAAUUAUUUUCGGAGGUAAAGAACAAGAAUCUGCCACAGAAUAAAUGGGAUGAUGUGCAACCCUUUUCGGAGAAGCAGCUUUGCACGCAGAUCUUUGCAAAGCCUGUUAUGGACUCGCGGUCGUUGGAUAUUUAUUUCCCGUUUUUGGACGAGGAGGAGCUGUACGAGACGCUGCCUAGCAGGUAUAUCAGCCAUUUGAUCGGCCACGAAGGACCGGGUAGUAUUUUGUCGUAUAUCAAGGCCAAGGGUUGGGCAAAUGGGCUUUCAGCUGGUGCGAUGUCUGUUGGGCCGGGAUCGGCUUUCUUUACCAUCUCCGUGCGGUUGACAGAGGACGGUCUGACUCAUUACAAGGAGAUUGUCAAGAUUAUCUUCCAGUACAUCGCCAUGAUCAAGGAGCGAGCACCCGAGAAAUGGAUCUUUGAUGAAAUGCAGAACCUCGCUGAAGUCGAGUUCAGAUUCAAGCAAAAGUCGCCCGCGUCUCGGUUCACCAGCCGAUUGAGUAGUGUCAUGCAGAAGCCUUUGCCACGUGAAUGGUUGCUCAGCGGUAACAAUCUGUUCCGAAAAUUUGAUGCCGAUUUGAUUACCAAGGCCAUGUCGUAUCUACGCAGCGACAAUUUCAGACUUAUGAUUGUGUCACAGCAUGUUCCGGGUGAUUGGAAUGCAAAGGAGAAAUGGUACGGAACAGAUUACAAGGAAGAGAAGAUCCCUCAAGACUUCUUGAAAGAGAUUGGCAGUGCCCUGGCGUCUUCACCUGCGGAACGAGUUUCGGACUUGCAUAUGCCGCAUAAAAACGAGUUUAUUCCUACUCGGCUGUCAGUCGAAAAGAAGGAAGUCGCUCAGCCAGCGAAUACGCCGAAACUUAUUCGAUUGGACGACCAUGUUCGCGUAUGGUACAAGAAGGACGAUAGAUUCUGGGUACCCAAGGCCACGGUCCAUAUUACGUUGAGAAACUCGCUCGUCUGGGCUACGCCUGCUAAUCAUGUCAAGGCCAAGCUGUAUUGUGAGUUGGUGCGAGAUGCUUUGGUCGAGUAUUCAUACGACGCCGAGCUCGCUGGUUUGGACUACAAUCUAUCAGCAAGCAUUUUUGGUCUGGAUGUCUCGGUUGGAGGGUACAAUGAUAAAAUGUCGGUGCUUCUUGAGAAGGUUGUGGCUACAAUGCGGGAUCUCGUUGUCCACCCGGAACGCUUCAAAAUUAUCAAGGAACGGUUGACGAGAGCGUAUCGAAAUGCAGAGUACCAACAACCAUACUAUCAAGUCGGUGACAUGACCCGCUAUCUCACGGCAGAAAAGACCUGGAUCAACGAACAGUAUGCCGCUGAGCUGGAGCAUAUUGAGGCUGAGGAUGUCGCGGCAUUCUUCCCUCAACUUUUACAGCAAAACCACAUUGAAGUUCUGGCUCAUGGAAACUUGUACAAGGAGGAUGCGCUGAAAAUGACCGACAUUGUCGAGAAUGUCAUGCGCAGCCGCACGCUCCCGCAAUCUCAAUGGCAUGUGCGUAGGAACAUCAUCUUCCCACCUGGCAGCAACUACGUGUACGAACGCCAGUUGAAGGAUCCUCAAAACGUCAAUAACUGUAUCGAGUACUAUCUCUUUGUCGGUAAAAUCACAGAUGAAGUGCUACGAGCUAAGUUACUGCUGUUGGCCCAAAUGACCGAAGAGCCGGCUUUUGAUCAGCUUCGAAGCAAAGAACAGCUUGGCUACGUUGUUUGGAGCGGUGCGCGCUACUCUGCUACUACGAUUGGAUACCGGGUUAUCAUCCAGAGUGAGCGUACAGCGCAGUAUCUGGAGGGCCGUAUCGACAACUUCCUCGCCCAAUUCGCCAAAACGCUUGACGAAAUGACAGACGAAGAAUUUGAGAGCCACAAGCGCAGUAUCAUCAACAAGAGACUUGAAAAGUUGAAGAACCUCGGUUCUGAGACCUCUCGUUUCUGGACACAUAUUGGAUCAGAGUACUUCAACUUUUUGCAACAUGAGAUCGAUGCCGCGACAGUCCGCACAUUGACGAAACCAGACAUCGUCGCAUUUUUCAAACAAUACAUUGAACCCUCCUCAGAAACUCGCGCCAAGAUUUCGAUUCACUUGAACGCGCAGUCCGCGGAGACAGACGACUUGCCCGUCGACACGUCGGAGACCGCUGAAGGUGCAGAGUCUCUACACAAUCAGCUUACGAGCGUUAGUAUCAGCAAUGGGGAUGCGACUACCAUCAAGGCAACUACCAGACAGCCCAUCUACAUCACCAACGUGCCCCAGUUCAAGGCACGAUUGCCCGUCAGUCCUGGGCCCAGCCCGAUUGUGGAUUUGAGUGAGUUUGGGGAUUUUGAUUCAAAGUUGUAG